AUGAUGCGAAAACUAACUUAUUUUUUCAUUUGUUUACAAUAUAGUGUGAGAAAGCUUACAAAUAUGACAGAAAAGUUAUCAAAAACAUUACUCAAUGGUGUUGGAAUAGUGAGUGGUUCAUUGAUGACUCCUGUGCUUAAAUCUCAACCUGGACAGGCAUUCCUAAAGAUGCUCCCAGGAGAGGUUCUUUUGGCUUCCCUUGAUGCAGUUAACAAGGUUUUUGAAGCAGCAGAAGCAGCCGAAAAACAAACUUUUUCUGCUACCUCUCAAGCUGCAACAAGAAUGGUUUCUAACAGGUACGGGGAAGAUGCAGGGGAAGCUACAGAACAUGUAUUUGCAAGUGCAGGACAUGCUGCUAAUACUGCUUGGAAUGUCUCUAAGAUAAGAAAAGCUAUCAAUCCAGCUUCUUCAGCAGCCACUCUGAGAAACUCUGCCAAAAAUAGAUAUAUUGGAUAUUAA